CUUUUCUUAUAUAUAAAAGUCUAGCCUAUUACUAAUCGGUCAUUACUUACUCAUAAAAAUGGCAGUAGAAUCCCUUUCCAUUUCCAUACCGAGAGUAGCAUGGGCUAUCUGGAUCUUGUUAUGCGGAAAAUGUUUGGAUAAUACACUUCAUCAGCUUGUUGUUGCUGCAUCUAGAUCAUCUGCCCUUCAACUUAAACAAGCCAAAGCUUUGCAGGAGACUGGGUGGUGGCCGUCCACUAUUGCCCAAGCCAAUAGUAAUUAUUCAAGUGCUUGCCACUGGGAUGGUAUUACUUGCAAUGCUGGGGGAAGCAUCACAACCAUCGAUAGAUUUGAUCAAAGUUUGGGAGGUCAGUUGAAACUCAACUUCUCUUUCUUCCCAAAUUUAGUAAGUCUUAAUCUUAGUGUCAACUACCUUCAUGGGUGUAUCCCACUUGAGAUAGGGACGCUAAAGAACUUAGUCUAUUUAAAACUUUUCUGGAACAUGUUCGUCGGUCCAAUCCCUUCCACUCUAGGUCAUUUAACUAAUUUGGAAUCUUUAAGCCUUGGUGGGAACAACAUCAAUGGAUCCAUUCCUCCCGAAAUAGGGAUGCUGAAAAAUCUGAUCACUUUAUACCUUUAUUCGAACAUGCUCGUUGGUCCAAUCCCUUCCACUUUGGGUCAUUUGACUAAUUUGGAAUCUUUAAACCUUAGUCAGAAUAAAAUCAAUGGAUCCAUUCCCUCCGAAAUAGGGAUGCUACAAAAUCUGACCUCUUUAUACCUUUCUUCAAACAUGCUCGUCGGUCCAAUCCCUUCCACUCUGGGUCAUUUAACUAAUUUGAAUAUUUUAGGCCUUAGUCGGAAUGAAAUCAAUGGAUUCAUUCCCCUCGAAAUUGGGAUGCUGAAGAAUUUGACCAUCUUAGGCAUUAGUUCGAACAUGCUCAUUGGUCCAAUCCCUUUCACCCCAGGUCAUUUCACUAAUUUGAAACAUUUGGACCUUUCUCGGAAUAAAAUCAAUGUAUCCAUCCCCCCUGAAAUAGAGAUGCUUAAAGAUUUGAGCUACGUUAACCUUAGCCAUAACUUUAUUAGUGGAGAAAUACCUAGCGCACUUGGGACUAUUGCCCCUCUAUUGACCUUGGAUCUUAGCUACAAUAAUCUUACGGGCAACAUUCCCUUUUCUCUUACUGGUAUAUAUAGACUCGGCUUAUCACAUAAUUCUUUGGAGGGUCAAAUUCCAGACGGUUAUGCUCUGUAUCAUACCUCCCACACAUUAAAUGAUAAAAAAUCAAUCAUAACUGAAAUAGAAACUUUUGUACCCAUCAGCCUUUUCCUCGGAUUCCUGUUUAUUGGGGGCGGGGGUAUUCUCUUGUCCUGUUGUGUGUUCAAGAAAAAUCAGAUUGAGUCUAGGGGAUCAAAGAAUGGAAACAUAUUCUCAAUAUGGAAUUAUGACGGACAUAUUACAUAUGAAGACAUUAUUGAAGCAAUUGAGGAUUUUCACAUCAAAUAUUGCAUUGGAACCGGUGGUUAUGGUAGUGUUUACAAAGCAGAAUUACCAAGCGGAAAUGUGGUUGCCCUAAAGAAACUUCAUCAGAGAGAGGCUGAGAAUCCAAUUUUCUAUAGGAGUUUUAUAAAUGAGGUGAGGGUGUUAACAGAGAUUCGACAUCGAAAUAUUGUGAAGCUGCAUGGAUUCUGUGUACAUAAAGAGCACAGAUUUUUAAUUUAUGAGUACAUGGAAAGGGGAAGCCUAUUUUGUGUCCUAAGAAAUGUUGAUGAAGCUAUGCAACUGGAUUGGAGCAAGAGGGUAAACAUCAUCAAAGGCACAACACACGCCUUAUCUUACAUGCAUCAUGAAUGCAUCCCAGUAAUUGUUCAUAGAGAUAUAUCAGCCAACAACAUUUUGCUGAACUCUGAAUUCCAAGGUUUUAUAUCUGACUUUGGAACUGCUAAACUCCUUGAUCCUAACUCCUCCAAUCAAACAUUGAUUGCUGGCACUUAUGGUUACAUUGCACCAGAGUUUGCCUACACGAUGACAGUUACUGAAAAAUGCGAUGUAUAUAGCUUUGGAGUGGUGGCACUAGAAGUAUUAAUGGGAAGGCAUCCGGGAGAACUCUUGUCCUCAUUAUCAUCAUCAUCAUCAUCAUUAUCUCAAAAUAUGAUGCUAAAUGAAAUAUUAGACCAACGCCUGCCACCUCCCAAUCGUCUAAUUGGACAAGAGAUUUUGCUUGUUGCUACAAUAGCAUUUGCAUGCCUGCACACUCAGCCAAAGUCUCGGCCUAUAAUGAAAUGUGUGUCACAAGAAUUGCUCUCUCACAGGAACUUGAAUGUCAUUCCCUUGACUACAGUCUCACUCCUGCAACUAAGGAAACAAGCAAAAUAUGUGGUUGGAUUAGGAUUUGCUUUUUGUUAGGGUGUUUUGUGUGAUGUAAAUGUGUUGUUUACAUUUAUCUGUCUUUUUUCAAGAAAAAUAUUAUUUGUAAGCAUUUUAAAUCACCCCAUAAACCAAAACUACUCACUUUUCAAGGUUGGAAGCAGCUGAAAUAAAAUGGGGCCGGUGUGUUUGUAUGAGAUAAGUGUGCAAAUAGAAAGUAGAAGUGAAUUAAGUAAAAUCUGAUAGAGAAUUUCAGCAGACU